UCAAGGUAACUGACCAUAUGCUGCAGCAGAGCAAUUCUUCCACCAUAUGCCACCUGCUCUUGACACACAACUAUCCUGCAGCCAUGGAGACUGCUUGCAUGAGACAAUCGCUUAAAUUUCUAGUUUCACCCAAAAUCCACCUGGCCGGGUCUAAGGGGUUCUCAUACUUUUGUUGGAGAGAGGGGAAUGAGGACCAGAGGCACGAGUCCAUGGUCACUUCUGUGACUCAGAAGGCCCAGGAGGAGGAAGAAGAAGAUGAUGAAGAUGAGGAAACCGGCGAGAAGUUUGAGUUUGAUGACAGCGAAGAUGAGCAGAAUACAGUGGAGAACUCUGUUGAGGAUAAAGAGUCAGGAACUCCUCAAGUGGAAGCUGAGCAUUCAGAAAAUACUAAUGGUAGCACUGCCACAAAUGCAAUUUAUUGUCAAGUUAUGAAGCGUAAUCAGCAGGUGGUAAACGGAGGGACCCCUGCUGGUCUGGAGGACCAAAAUAUCUCCACACAUCCUCGCACAACAAACUCAGAGAUGGUGGCCAGACAAUCUGCUGACGGGAGUUCUGUCUCGGCCGAGCCUCGAGUAGCUGAUGAACAAGCAAGCUUUUGGAAAAGAAAUAACAUUUAUGAAGCCCCAGUCCACUCUCAGGAAUGGUUCAGUGUGGUUUCAGAGCUCACUCUGCGACUGCAUAAAGGGAAAGCCGUUCCUAAAUCAGAUGAAAAUUCACCCUCUGAACAACUGAAGCAGAUCUCGGCUCCUCCUGCUCGCUCAGAGGUCAUCUACGAUGAUGUGGCUUGUGAGAACAUCACACCACCAGAUGCAGGGGAUGAUGUGAUCUACGAGGAGGUGCAGAGGUCUGGUGAGUCCGGACUGAUAGACAACGGCUGGGGCUCCAGUGAGUUUGAGAGUUACGACGAGCAGUCAGACAGCGAGACCAAGCAGCCCACCCGCAAUAAGAUUUCCCCAGAUGUACGACGUCUGAAGCAACGCUGCGUGCAGACCAGGCGUGAGCUAGCCAUGCGGUUAGGGGCUCGAGAUGUCGGCCAACUCAAACAAAACUAUGACAUUAAGGUUCAACAGCUCAUGAAAGCAGCUAGGAAUGGCACGAAAGAUGGACUGGAAAAGACCAAAAUAGCCAUGAUGCGAAAAGUGUCCUUCCUGAGUAAAAAAGACUGCACAGAUGACACAGAGGAAGAUUCUGGAUAUCUGGAUGUGACUGUAUCUGAACUCAAACAUCCACCACCUCAACUUUCUCCAAUGCCAGAAGGGCUCAGUAGCCAACAGGUUGUCAGGCGUCAUAUUCUUGGCUCUAUCAUCCAGAGUGAAAGAAGCUACUUAGACUCACUCAAGAGGAUCCUGCUGGAAUAUAAGAAGCCUUUGAUGGAGGCGGAGCCCCGGAUCCUGAGCUUGAAGAAGAUCCAGCCUAUUUUUUAUAGACUGAAGGAGAUCCUGCAGUGUCACUCCAUGUUUCAGAUUGCUCUGGCCUCCCGUGUAGCAGAAUGGGAUAAUACUGAGAAAAUCGGAGACCUUUUUGUUGCUUCAUUUUCCAAGUCAAUGGUGCUAGAUGUAUACAGCGACUAUGUCAACAACUUCACCAAUGCUAUGGCUCUUAUCAAGAAAGCUUGUCUGUCCAAGCCAGCAUUCUUGGAGUUUCUCAAGAAGAAGCAGGCUGCCAGUACAGACAGAAUCACUCUUUAUGGCCUGAUGGUCAAACCAAUUCAGCGCUUUCCUCAGUUCAUACUCCUACUGCAGGACAUGCUGAAAAACACCCCUGUGGGGCAUCAGGACAGGCUGCCGCUGCAGCUGGCCCUCACUGAGCUCGAGACUCUCGCCGAGAAGCUGAAUGAGCAGAAACGGCUGGCCGAGCAGCUCGCUGAAAUCCAACAGCUCACUCGCAGCGUCAGCGACCGUAACCUCAGUAAGCAACUGAACUCGGAUCAGAAGCAGUUGAUUCUGUCUGAGACACUGAUUGAGACCGUCUAUGGCGAGAAAGGUCAAGUCCUCAAGUCUAAGGAGCGCAAAGUCUUCCUCCUGAAUGACAUGCUCGUCUGUGCAAACAUCAAUGUGAAGGGCCCACCAGAUAUCAGCAGCCUAGUCCCCAUCGGUCCAAAAUACGCAGUUAAAUGGAGUGCACCCCUGCUGCAAGUGCAAGUGGUGGAGGUGGGCCAGGAGACCCCCCAGCGUAAAGACAGCAAAUACCAGCAGAGUGGAAGCAAGCGCCUGAGCUCCACCAACUCUCAAGGGAAGCUGUUUCUGGGACCACCACGGCUAUAUCAGGACCUGCAGGAGUUACAACAUGAUCUUUCUGUGGUGGAGGAAGUCACGUUGUUGGUGGGCACCCUGCAGGGAUCAUACCAGAAUCUCAACACUACGGUGGGGCAGGACUGGUGCAUGGCUCUUCAGAGGCUCAUCCGCAUCAAAGAGGAUGAGAUCCAGUGUGCCAACAAGUGCCGUCUCCGGCUGAUGGUUCCUGGGAAGCCUGACAAGUCUGGCCGUCCAGUCAGUUUCACAGUGGUCUUCAGUACGCCCAGUCCAAUUAGCAAAAUCUCCUGGGUCAAUCGCCUGCAUCUGGCCAAAAUCGCCCUGAGAGCGGAGAACUUGCCUGGCUGGGUGUGUGUAGAGGAUGAUGAAAAGACUAAGCCUCCGUUCUGGUGCCCGUUACUGGCCUGCCGGUUGCCUGUGUUUACCCCAAAAAUGCAAGAUCUGAAGUUGCAGGCUGUCCUGUAUAACCCGGUCCACUGUUCGCUUCUUGGUUUUUCUGCCGCUAGCACAUCCUUGCCUCAGGGCUACCUCUGGGUGGCUAGUGGGGGUGACGACUCUCACGGGCAGGUGGAGAUUUUCUCCCUUAACAGACCCACUCCACGCUCCGUGAAGAGUUUCUCUCUAGGUUCCCCAGUGCUUUGUCUGGAGUAUAUCACAGAGCCCAGCACUGAUGAAGAACUGGAAACACAAACAUCUGAAGUUCCUUCCAAGAUCGGCAACACCAUCUGUGUAGGAUUAUUGGAUGGCAACAUCCUGGUUUAUGGAAGCGUGGACACCGCUGCUCAGUGUCUGCUAACAUUUUGUAACCCAGAGGGCUGCCCGGUUCUGUGCCUAAAGCAAUCUGCCAACUUUCUCUUCGCUGGGCUGAGUAAUGGAAAAGUCGCUGUUUAUAACCGAAAGAGUGGAGAGGGGUUGUGGGAUCCAGAUUCCUGCAGACAUGUGGUUAUUGGAUGCGCUCCCAUCCUCAAACUACUCCAAAUAGACGAGUGUGUGUGGGCCAGCUGUGCCAACCAGGUCUCUGUGAUUGAAGGCUCCUCUCUCAGGACUCAGAGUUUUGAAGUUCAUCCAGACCCCAUGGUUAGUGUGACCCACAUGGUGCGCGCCGGAGGAGGGGUGUGGAUGGCAUUUUCAGAGGGAUCAUCCCUACGUCUGUUUCACACAGAAACAUUGGAACACCUCCAAGAGAUCAACAUUUCAACACCCUCUGCAUAUUUGAGCCCUGGUCAAAAAACAGUGUGUGUAACCAGCCUGCUUAUCUGCCAAGGACUGCUAUGGGUGGGCACAGCUCAGGGAAUUAUUGUCACCCUGCCGGUGCCCAGACUGGAGGGCAUUCCCAAAAUAACAGGAAAAGGAAUGACGUCACUUAAUGCUCACAACGGCCCUGUUGAAUUCUUGGUUGCCACCUCCAGCAUUUUAUCCCAAGAUUUUCUAAAGCGGGAUUCUGCCAUGGAAGGUGGGGAUUCAAGUAGUGGAGCUGAAGAUAAGGAGGCGACAGAUUCCUCUCAGGAGUCCCUCCAGCAGGCGGAUGGCUCUCCUCAGGUAGAAGCCAAAGCUAAAGGAGUGCUACUGCAGUACCAUCUCCGUUCUACCUCUCAGCUCCCAGGAAAGCUCCUGACGGCCCGGCCCGAAGAAUCAUCCGUCUCGACCCAGGACUCUCUGGCGCACACCCUAGAGGACGGUUCCAUCUAUGAGCUGAGCGAUGACCCUGAGGUUUGGGUCAAAGGGCCUGGGCCGUCAUCUAAGGAAGCGGCACGUAGGGAGAAAGUGACUUCAGCCGCCGUUAUAUCCGGUGGAAAAGGGUUCCGUCGACUCGCUAAUUCCUCCAACUCCUCUGAUUCCAGUGAGAACAUGCUCAUGGUCUGGCAGCUGCCCAUUACAGUUUGAGGCAGUAAUGAAAUCUUCCUUUGGCUUUCAUCAUGGUUUUUUUUGCAGUGAUGGAGGAUUGUUGGAUCAUUGAAGGACAAACAGACUGUAAGCCUGUAUGGCUUAUGAAGAUUAUUUAUUCCACUUCUCCUCCAGAAGGUUUUGAAUUUGAAGGAAUAUUCCAGGUUCAGAAAAAGUUAAGCUGCAGCAGCAUUUGUG